AAUAGAGGAGGCAUGUCAUUCUUCUCAGAAACCACCAAUAUGAAAAGAAGCUCUACCAGCCUUAGAGUGCGACUUCCAGCACUUGUGUUUCUUCUUGAGGUCAUUAUUGUGACACUUUACACUUUCUUUGUCACCUAUGAUGAUGAUGCCAACGCCAGACUCCAGACUAAUUUCACCAAGCCCAUGGAGAACUCUCUCUACCGUGAUUAUCCUUUCUUCGCUGACAUUCAGGUGAUGAUAUUCCUUGGCUUCGGGUGCCUCCUGGCAUUUUUCCGCCUGUAUGGAUUCGGCGGCAUGGUUUUUAAUUUCCUGACAGCCACCUUUGCUAUCCAGUGGGCUAUCCUUGUCCAGGGAUACUUCCAGUUCUACAAGGAAGGCAAGAUCCACCUAAGCGUGAUGAGCCUAAUCUAUGCACAGUUUGCAUGUUGCGUCGUGCUGAUUUCAUUUGGGGCAGUACUGGGGAAAACCAGCCCUGUGCAGCUCCUGGUCAUGGCGCUGCUGGAGGUGCCAGUUUUUGCGAUCACUGAGUGGGCUGUGAUCACAUACCUGAAGAUCAAUGAUGCUGGUGGUUCCAUCCUCAUCCACCUCUUUGCGUGUUACUUUGGCCUGGGUGUCACGUUUUCGCUGUACAGACCCAAUCUCAACCAGGGUCAUGCCAAGGAGGUGACGGGCUACCAAUCAGACAUUUUGUCGAUGAUGGGAACACUGUUUCUGUGGGUUUUCUGGCCUUCUUUUAAUUCUGCCCUCACCAUAAAAGGUGAUGACCAGCACAGGGCAGUUCUGCAUACCUUCCUCGGACUCAGUGCCUCCACUCUCACUGCCUUUGCCCUCUCCGCAAUGCUCAACAAGAAUGGCAAGCUUACGAUGGCCGAUGUACAGAAUGUCACGCUGGCAGGUGGAGUGACAGUGGGCGCUUCAGUGGACAUGAUGAUCACUCCGGCUGCAGCCUAUGUGCUGGGGAUGAUGGGAUGCACCGCAUGCAUGCUCGGAUACAAGUACCUGAGCCCCUUCUUAUCCCGUCACCUCAGGAUUCAGGACCAGUGCGGCAUUCAUAACCUCCAUGGCCUGACAGGUCUCAUCUCUAGUGCAGCGGGCAUCGUUGCUAUCCUACUCGCCACUGAGGACACCUACGGACCCAGCCUCUACCAGAUCUUCUGCUACCGUGCACCCCAGGAGGGUGACCCCCGGCUUAUUGAACUGCAAAAAUUAAUUCCUGGGCUUCAUCCAGGGCUAGGCCGCAGUGCCCAGGAGCAGGCGCUGUACCAAGUGGCAGCAGUGUUUAGCACCAUAGCGGUAGCAGCUGUAGGGGGGGUGUUGACAGGCCUGGUUCUAAGGCUGCCUUAUCUGGCCUCCCCGGAUGAUGAGUCCUGCUUUGAUGAUGAGUUGUUCUUUGAUGUACCUCCAGACUAUGACUGCAUGGUUGCUCAGGGUGGCUCAUUGUGUGUAGACACAGAAGCUAAACUAGGACAUUCAAAGGACUAAGGAGAAAGUCUUAGGCAUACUCAUGAAGGGCAAGUAUCGGGACAACUGCUGUUUUGUGUUGCUGUUUCCACACAAAAAGAGAUGCAAUUUAUUUUUAACACAUGAAUAUCCUUCUCUUUAACAAGAAUUAAGAAAGUUUUUUUUUAAAUGUCAUACUGUGUUAGUGAUAACUGCUUGCUGUCUUAGCACUUGGAACUAAAGGUUAUUGCAGAUCAUACAACUUUACAUAUGAACUAAAUGCCCAUCUGCUAUAUUAGGUAGAUUGGAAUAUACAUGUAAAUACACUAAUCAAAUCUAAUUUACUGUUAGCUUUGCCUCACUCAUAGGUCGCUUUGGAUACAAUUUUGGGAAAUAUAUUUGCUAUUAUGCAAAAAAACGGACAUACUGCUUCCAUAUUAGGAAUGCAUACACAUACAUGACAGUGUUAUAAUUAACAAUAAUGAAUUAUUACAGCCCAUUACUUGUUUUCUUUUCCUGUAGUGUAUAUACAAGUCUUGUUUAUGAAAGUCUAUGAGUCAUUCAUUAAUGCUGCCUACAACAUGAUAUUACCAAAGUCUGUUUAUGUUAGCUGUCUGUUAUACAAGUUUUCGUUAGACGCCUGGAUUACUCAGGAGAGUUUAUGGUCCUUCAGAGAAUGGUCAAAUGAUAUGCAAGCUGAUUGUGCAGAUGCUACAGUGCCAAUAAAAAACACAAAACAA